AUGCCAAGCGCGGAGUGGUGGAGAGCCCGUGGGCAAGGCGGAGCAGGAACGGAGGUGCCAAUGCGACGACGGCAAGGCAACAAUGGACGGUCGCGGCGAGCAACAGGUGCGGAGACGGGCGGAGGAUCAGGCAGCAGGCGAAAGGCUGAAGGCUGGCUGAUGAACUGCGCUCACGGCUGGGAUGGGGCCAUGAACGAGGGAGAGGAGUCGGCGGAAGUAGCCAGGGGGUGCUGCCUCCGUACAGUGGGGAAGCGCGCCGCGUUCAUGCUUUGGCGCGGCCUGCACACGUCGGAGCGAGGAUGUUGCUUCGACGAGCACGUUGGCCUGGCCGGAUGA